CAAAUUCACCCCCUUUCUCUCUCUUUAUUUAUCAUCGUCUUCCAAUUGGGUAAUCAACCGAGCCACUGAUUCGCAAGCGGAGAGAAGGAAGAGCUGCGAUUCAACAGUUGAUCGAAGAAGAAGAAGAAGAAGAAGAUGGGUGGAGGAAUGGAAACCAACAAGAACAAGUUCAUUGAGGAUUGGGGUUCCGCAAGGGAGAAUCUUGAGCUCAACUUCAGGUGGACUCGUCGGAAUUUCGCCAUCAUUGGCAUCUUCGGCAUCGCCGUUCCCAUCCUCGUCUAUAAGGGCAUCGUCAGAGAUUUCCACAUGCAAGAUGAGGAUGCAGGAAGACCUCACAGGAAGUUCAUUUGAUCACUUCAGGUUCAAAUAACUUCUGUAAAAGUCGACAUCCAGAAACCGGUGUGUGGUGCCAUUUUGUUUUGAUAAUUUGGCUGAGAUUGAAAACUCUUGACUCACUUUCAGCUUUGUUUACAGCUUUUGAUGAUUGUGCCUUUUUUAAACAUCAAUAAGUAGACAGCUUGAUGACUGUUGUGUUUGUUCUUAUUAAUGUUGAGAAAUAUUUGAGUUGUCUAAUUUAUCAAUCUGUUCCUUGUUCUUCAUAA